AUGGCGUCGACCUGCACUCAGGUUGCCAAAGUGGUCCCAAAGUCCCACGCCUCGAGGCAAUUUACACUUAACGACAUCGAAUGUCAACCCGCUGAAAUCGACAAAGCCGUCACCGCAAUUAAGGCGCAGCUUGGACAGCUUAGAGAGACGAUGAAGAAUGGUAAUAAAGAAGACGUCAUUGAAAGGCUGAAACACAUGAAGGAGGAGGGCCUUGGUGAUAGGGAAGAUUGGCAGAAUGGUAAAGGCCAAUCUCUCAGUGGCCUUGGGAAAAUUCAUGGUGACCUCAGCACAGAAAUUAAGAAGUUGCCUCAACAAACCGAAAUUAUCAGAAAAGCCGCAAUACGAAUAUACGCCGAGAUUGCAAAUGUCAAAAUAGAUAUGGACAAUGUCUUCAAUCCAUUUGACGUCAUGGACCAUUUGCGUCGGUUGGGGAAAAAGAUCGGCACAAGUAAAGAUGGAUACAGUGACAGCCUUCAAGCAAUAUACAACGCAAUCAAAAACCUUCAUGACGGGCCGUUUCAUAAUAAUCCCGAUGCAAUUGGAAAAGCCAACGAAGCAAUUAAAGCAGAACUCACUGCGCUUCGAGGUGUGUUGCAAGGCAAUGCAAGCGACGAAGAUGUCAUUAAGACACUGGAAGAUUUGCAGAACAGUGGACUAAGUGGCGAAAAAGGAUGGAAUAAACAUAAUACCCAAAAAAGCCUCAAAAGCAUACAAAAUGACCUUAGCACUCAACAAAACACGUUGGAGCAACAACCCGGCAACAUUGACCAAGGCGUCGACCAAAUCACCACGGAGCUUCAAAGGCUUCAGAAGCAGUUGAACGAUGACGUCACCGAAAAGCUCAAGAAGGUGAGAGAGCAUGGCCUUGGAAAAGGUAAUCAAGCAUGGAAUGACAGUGAUUCUAACAAAGGCCUCACUAAUAUCACCACGGACAUCGUCGCCAUAAAGACAGAGAACGUUGAGGACGUGAAGGAGAGACUCAAGGAGCUGUGCACGGCGAUUAGGCACAUUGCAAAGGACGCCGCGUUCACCUUGAAGGAAGUGAAAGAGAAGAGCCUUAAUGAGCUUACGAAAAUAAAAGACAAAUUUAGUGAUCUGCUGAGCGAGCAGGUGAGGGGUGUGAUAAGAGAGCUUAAAGGCUUUCUAAAAUUCCUCGAGAACGGCAAGGCGCAAAUAAUCCGUGAUCUCCACGCAUUCGUCAACCAGGAGAUCAAGGCAGCCGAAGAGACAUUGAUCAGGGAGGCACGCCGGCAAUAUGUCUCCAACAUCAAGGAGCUUUUGAAGUUGUUCGCCCGGAAGGUGGAAGAGGAGCUGCGGGAGUUGCCGUGGGAGAUUGACAGGGACCUGACAGUAGAAUACAAAGGCCUUAUGACCCGAGUGGAGGACGGCUUGGAAAAUGACCUCAACGUACAGAAACUCAAGGAGUCAAAAAGCCUCCCACCGCUGUCCUCCGCUUUCAUGCGUUUCUACUCGUCACUCGAGGACCACGUGGACAGGGAGAUAAAUCGGUUCCACGACGAGGAGCAGAGGAAGAAAAAUCUUAAGCGGCAGGACACACAGGAGUAUUCCACUAGGCUCUCCGUGGUGAACGAGGCACUCCACGCAUUGCUCCACUACCUCAAGGACAACGAUACCUUCGACCACAGACUCACGGAGCUGCUCCGCAACCUCACCGACGCGUUGAGUGAACUCAAGCCUGAGAGCUUCGCCAGGCCCUCGAGUCCCCUGCUGGACGGCCUGGUGGAGGGGCUCACAAAGUUCGCCGCCGAGUUCACAUGUGCGUACGUCUCAAGAUACGCCGGCGCACAGUUCACCGAUGAAGAAGGUGAGAAGUGCGCCAAGGUCUUCCUCACCAUGCUGCCCACACUGUGCGACGCCUUUACCAGGCUGGCGGAGCGCUGCGGCAAGUGGAGGGAUCUGAGCAUUAAUUCAAGCAGUGAACUCGGCACUUUCAUCCAGCGCUCCGGCUACAAGGUCUCCACCUCUCCCUUUGACCAGGACGGCGAGCUGCGCGACGAGUGCAACGGCCGCGACGUGUAUGUCCUGGUCACCCAGAACAUUAAGGAGACAGAGGACAACGAACACCUCAAAAAAUGCCUGUCCCUCCAACACGCCUGUAAUCUCUUAGAGCUCCUCAAAUGCCUCUGCACGCACCUCCACCAGUAUUAUAAGACGUGCCACCUCAAGGUGCAUCCCUCACCCCGGCCGCCGUGUUCCAUCUACGAGAUGCUUCAAUGGUGCUGCGGGCUCCCGCACAACGCCGUGUACCUGGGCCUCAACUCCGAAGCACUGCCGUCGCUGUUCGAGGCGGACGAGCCGGACGCCGGGGAAUCCGAAGUGUCCCUCACUGACGUCGGCAGCCUGGCGCUUAAGGCCCACCCGCAGCACAUAACACCGGCGUCCCUCACCGACGCACUCACGGAGGCUUCGGCCACGCAGGUGGCAUCUAUGCCUGCGACUUCAACACCAACCCGCAAGGCCUGCUCUACCCCGGCGACGCCGACGCUUUGCUCUGCCUGCUCUUCGACGUCCUCAAACGCCUCCACCAGCAGCUCUAUUUCCUCUACCGCCAGUGCACCUACAACGCCCGGCACGGCGGAUGGCUCGACUGCUGGUACGGCCGGGACGUCGGAGGAUCGUCAUGGAAGUGCAACACCAUGCUGUGUGCCAACCAAAUGUGUGACCAACAGUGCAACCAAACACAUGACCAAAUAUGUAACCAAAGAUGUGACCAGCAUCCCAGGUGCGGCGUCAAGUCGCCGCUCCAGUCGUUCCUCGAGGACGGACUGCAAGGCUUCUUGCCGCAUGACCUGUCCCCCAAUGACACCUGUGUCUCAUGCCCCGCCUGUGACACCACGUCACCCGGCCUGCCGUGCAAGACGCCGAUGGGCCUCUCCAACAUCACCAGGCUGGCCUCCCGUGCGUGCCCAGGCAGAGCCAUCAUGGACGUCCUCGGCGCCUUCUGCGGCGGCGCUUCCUCACCCCCUCACCAGACUGUGCAGCUUCCUGAAUUGCCUCCUCACUCGCCCGCCACGGACGCCAGACGACCUGUUCGCCUUUUACUACCAGUUCAUAUGUGACUGGCGUAGCAGCGGCGAGCACCGUAAGGCGGCCUUCGAGGACGCCGUCGGCGACGCGUGCUUCCGGCAGCGGGGCGUGACACUGGACGUCAGUACAGUCUUCGGCUCCAGUGAACAUCGUUCCGUCACCAACAUGCCUCACCUCACCGGCGAUCUCUUCUCACUCGUCGAGUGCAACGGCACUCCUCGCUCCGCUCCGUCACACCCCUGCGGCCCCUACCUCAAGCCACUCGGCCACGACGUACGCGCCACCUUCGCCAAGGAGCACGCCCACCUCUACCUCUCCUGGGUGGUGUACCUCACGGAGACUUUCUACGACUUCCUCAGGGAACUGCUCCAGGACUGCGAGCGCACCUGCGCCGACGCCACGUCCAACUGCCACGCCAGGAGCUGCGCCAACGACUGCACAGCCAAGCGACGGCCACUGGCCCCGAGCUCCAAUCACACUGCCGACUGCCCCUCCAUCGUGGACUGCGACUCCACCACGCCCACACUCUUCCAGUACGGCUUCGUGCUCAAAGACGUCCACAGCCUCGCCGGAUCCACCAGCGGCCACCCAGCCAAGCGCACCUGCGAGGAUUUCUGCACAGCACUGCAAGUCGCCGUCAAGCAGAGGAACCCUCUCCACAAGCUGGCGCAUGAGACAAUCCCCGAGUACCUCUACACCAUCCGUGCGCCCUUCCUCUACACCAUCACAGCACUCUGGCUCAUCGCCACGCUCUACAUUGCCCACUCACUACUCUACCGCAUGGACGUCCUCCGCAUCCGCUCCCACCUCCUCACCACCAGGGCCUCCCACCUCAUCGACGUCAAGGCCUUACUCACUAAAGGCCGGAGAAUGCUCUCGCUAUACCACGGCGUGGCGGUGAUUGGGAGCAACAUUGGUGCAAUUGACACGGCUAAAUACACUCUUCUCCAACAAGUUACCAAUCUAAGUGCCUUGAUCACCUCGGCGGAGAAGAUCCGUGCUGCGGCAGAGACAAAGGCCAAAGAAGCCUACGACAAGCUGAAGGUUAAUGAGACUCUGAGUCAGAAAAUCGGGGAGAUUGUGACGGCAAAUGAGAAGAUUAAAGGAGUACAUACUCAGCUGAGUGGUGUUCAUAAAAAUUUGGGAGAGUGGAAGCAACAGGCCGGGGAUGUGCUUCAAGGGGCGAUUGCACAGGCGACGGAAGUUCAUAAGGCUUUGGAUGAAAAGAGUACGCAAGUUGGUGAGAAGCUUACGAGUAUUGACGAUGCUAACAAGUUAAUUGUUAGUGCAAACAAAGAUCUUGCCACCGAAGUUGAGCAUUUAGGUAAGUGGAACACUGCCGCCAGGGAUGUUAUUACCAAGGCGGAGGGGAAGUGUAAAGAAAUUCUGGAUAAAGUUAGUACUAAUUCCCCCGGAGGUGUUAUUUAUGAGAAGGCUAAAACAUUGAAUGAGAAGGCUCAGACACUUUUGAAGGCUGCGAAGGAUGCCAAAUUGGCUGUUGAGGCUCAGGUAAAAUCAGCGUUGGAGGCUGUUGUGCAAAUGGACAAAUCUCUUAAGAUGGAUUUGAAGAGUGUUAAAGAUAAGAUUAAGGAAGGGAUAGACAGUGUGAUUAUGGAUUUGGGAGUUAAGGAAUUGGAUGAGAAAGUGAAGAGUGAUUUGCAGAGUUUGAGGGAGAGGAUUGAGGGGCUUAAAACAGAGGUUGAUAAAUCAAAUGGAGAGAGCCUCGUUAAACACGAGUUGUCACAGCUUUCAAGGGCUAAGGAACCGCUGAAUCAGCUUACUGGUAGUGGUGAUAAGUCAAUAGUGACGCUGACGACGGGACUUCAAACUAAGUUUAAUCUGCAUAUCAAGACUCCGCUUAACGAUAAAGUCCAAGAAGUUUACGAUGAGAUUGAGACGCUUGGCGGGAAUUUUGAGCUGAGAGGCGGAAGUGAAAAGAAACUUGAAGAGAUUUUUAAAAAGAUUAAAGAGGAAGUCAAUAAAAUCCUGAACGGUGAUCAGCCAAAUAGAGGCCUGGAGGGCAUUGCCAGCGGGUUGAUUGGCAGCUACACUAGUGGGUUCAAAAAUUUUCAUACUAUAGUAGGCGGCUGGGCGGAAGGAAUUUUGGGAAAUAAUAAGGGAGAUGAUAAGAAGAAAACCAUUAAACCGUGGCUUGGUAAGUAUGUUACUGAGAGGAAGGGGAGUAGCAGCGACGUGGUGAAGCUGCUGGAUGGUUCGAUACUUGGGUUUUCAUGGAGUCAAAAAAUUAUCGAGCAGAUUAAGACGAAGCUUCAUAGUGAAAUUGAGGCAGGCAAGGGGAAGGUUGAUACGUCCAGUGGUAAAAUCGAAAAAACCAUUACAUCCGUCAAAAAUGCGUGCGAGGCAUUUGUUAGUGGGCUUGAUGAGAAACUGAAAAACGACGGAUUUAAGGAGCUUGCCCAGGUGAUAUACAAUAAGAUUGCCAGUGAGAGUCGAUGGAGGAGUUACAGGCACAAAAACGAAGAUGAUAUCAAACCCGCCAUAGAAGCUGCGCUGCUCGGUCUCUCCGCCACCACCAGCCAGGUGGCCAACGAAAUUAAGUCCAUCCUACUCGACAAGAGGGUGGGAAAUUACGGAGAGAACUCAACAAGCAUCGCACAAGAAUUAGAUAGCGUUCUCGGAUAUACUAAUAAACUUCACAAUCAACUUACUCAGGCGACUAACAAUGUCGGCCAACCAAAAAGAGAAAGCCCCGCCCAGGCCGUGGACAAGAGGUUGGGUGAAGUGAGGGAUGAGGUUGGGAGGCUUGACGCCAAUUUUAAGAAAGUCAAACAAGAUCUUGAUGAAGCAGUUAGAGGGCUUCCCGGCGCCGUUAAAGAUUUCAACGAUGUAGCCGAACAACAGAUCAAGGCUGCGGCCAAGAAGGCUAUCACAGAGGCGGCUGGGCAGAUUAGUAAGAAUGGUGCUGCAAUUGUGCUUGGUGAUAAUCUCAUGAACGAAUUCCACACUACCCACGAACAAAUUAAAAGUAGUCUCGACAGGGAACUCAAGCAGAAAGUUGAUGACCACAUUGGGAAGGAUGAUCAGUCGGCAAGUCAGCAAGGUGGUCAAGCACAGAAAAUCAUCAUUGAUAAAAAGAAUUUUGGACAAUAUGAUAAGCACGUUGACCAAAAUGAGAUUAAGGACGGUCAAUUAACUGGCCUUGAAGAAGAAGGCUCUCUCCCCCAGGCCAUCGGGGACAUCAAGGCUCUGGGACUGGCGGAGCUUGAAGGGACUAUUGGUGACAAGGCCAGUAAGGAUAAGAAGAUUGAAGAAAAGACGUUUAAUGAUCCGUUCACCAAAAUUAAGACACAGCUUGGAGAGAUCAAGGGAUUGGUUGAUGGUGAUGGCACAUCUGGCAAGGACGAAAAAGGCGUCCAAAAGCUUCUGGGUGAGCUUAAAAGUGCGCUUGAUCAGGGCAAGUUAAAUGGAGCUGAUAAAGGUUUAGAUGAUAUUAAAAAUGCGAUUGAAAACUGCAACAAGAGCACCGUCCAAGCAAUUAGGAAGGAGCUUGGAGAGCUCAGAGGGAAGUUGAAGAAUAAGGAAGGUCAGCCGAAAGAUGAUGUUAUUGAGACAUUAACAGACUUGAGAAAUGUUGGUCUCGAAGGUAAGAAUACUUGGAAUGGUAAGACAACUCAAGACGGUAAAUCUCUCAGUGGUCUCGGGAAAAUCCAGCAGGGACUUCAGGAGCAGAAUAAGGAAUUGGCCACCCAAAACAACAAGAUUGGAGAUGCCAUACACCAAAUUAAAUGGGCGCUUGCAUGUCUCGGAUUUAAGUUGCAAGGUUUAUACACUACCGAUGACGUAAUAGACCAGCUGACCUGGUUGGGGCAGUUGAUUGGUAAAGGUAAGGAUAAAGCUAAAAAUAAUCUUCACGGGAUUUACGAGAAAAUAAGGCAAUUGCAAGAAGACCCGUUUCAACAACAACCCACUAAAAUUGAACAAGCCAAGCAACAAAUUGUAAAUGAACUCACUGCCCUUCGAGGUGUGUUGCAAGGCAAUGCAAGCGACGAAGAUGUCAUUACAACACUGAACGAUUUGCAGAACAGUGGACUAAGUGGCGAAAAAGGAUGGAAUAAACAUAAUACCCAAAAAAGCCUCAAAAGCAUACAAAAUGACCUUAGCACUCAACAAAACACGUUGGAGCAACAACCCGGCAACAUUGACCAAGGCGUCGACCAAAUCACCACGGAGCUUCAAAGGCUUCAGAAGCAGUUGAACGAUGACGUCACCGAAAAGCUCAAGAAGCUGAAAGAAAGUGGCCUUAAUGACGGUAAUACACCGUGGACAAUUGAAGGUAAACCAGACAAAGGCCUCACUAAUAUCACCGCAGACAUCGAGACCAUUAAAACCAGGGACGUUAAGGACGUGAGGGACAAACUCAAGGAGCUGUGCACGGCGAUUAGAAUGUUAGCAAAAGAUGCCGAAUGGUUUCUUAAUGAAUUGAAGGAUGGCAAAAUUGGCGAGCAACUCAAGCAAAUAAGAGAUGAAAUUGACAAGCUACACGGCCGUCUGGUGGAUGGUCCCAUAAAAGACCUCAGAGCCCUUUUAAGAUUCCUCGAGAACGGCAAGGCGCAAAUAAUCCGUGAUCUCCACGCAUUCGUCAACCAGGAGAUCAAGGCAGCCGAAGAGACAUUGAUCAGGGAGGCACGCCGGCAAUAUGUCUCCAACAUCAAGGAGCUUUUGAAGUUGUUCGCCCGGAAGGUGGAAGAGGAGCUGCGGGAGUUGCCGUGGGAGAUUGACAGGGACCUGACAGUAGAAUACAAAGGCCUUAUGACCCGAGUGGAGGACGGCUUGGAAAAUGACCUCAACGUACAGAAACUCAAGGAGUCAAAAAGCCUCCCACCGCUGUCCUCCGCUUUCAUGCGUUUCUACUCGUCACUCGAGGACCACGUGGACAGGGAGAUAAAUCGGUUCCACGACGAGGAGCAGAGGAAGAAAAAUCUUAAGCGGCAGGACACACAGGAGUAUUCCACUAGGCUCUCCGUGGUGAACGAGGCACUCCACGCAUUGCUCCACUACCUCAAGGACAACGAUACCUUCGACCACAGACUCACGGAGCUGCUCCGCAACCUCACCGACGCGUUGAGUGAACUCAAGCCUGAGAGCUUCGCCAGGCCCUCGAGUCCCCUGCUGGACGGCCUGGUGGAGGGGCUCACAAAGUUCGCCGCCGAGUUCACAUGUGCGUACGUCUCAAGAUACGCCGGCGCACAGUUCACCGAUGAAGAAGGUGAGAAGUGCGCCAAGGUCUUCCUCACCAUGCUGCCCACACUGUGCGACGCCUUUACCAGGCUGGCGGAGCGCUGCGGCAAGUGGAGGGAUCUGAGCAUUAAUUCAAGCAGUGAACUCGGCACUUUCAUCCAGCGCUCCGGCUACAAGGUCUCCACCUCUCCCUUUGACCAGGACGGCGAGCUGCGCGACGAGUGCAACGGCCGCGACGUGUAUGUCCUGGUCACCCAGAACAUUAAGGAGACAGAGGACAACGAACACCUCAAAAAAUGCCUGUCCCUCCAACACGCCUGUAAUCUCUUAGAGCUCCUCAAAUGCCUCUGCACGCACCUCCACCAGUAUUAUAAGACGUGCCACCUCAAGGUGCAUCCCUCACCCCGGCCGCCGUGUUCCAUCUACGAGAUGCUUCAAUGGUGCUGCGGGCUCCCGCACAACGCCGUGUACCUGGGCCUCAACUCCGAAGCACUGCCGUCGCUGUUCGAGGCGGACGAGCCGGACGCCGGGGAAUCCGAAGUGUCCCUCACUGACGUCGGCAGCCUGGCGCUUAAGGCCCACCCGCAGCACAUAACACCGGCGUCCCUCACCGACGCACUCACGGAGGCUGGCCUCCCGUGCGUGCCCAGGCAGAGCCAUCAUGGACGUCCUCGGCGCCUUCUGCGGCGGCGCUUCCUCACCCCUCACCAGACUGUGCAGCUUCCUGAAUUGCCUCCUCACUCGCCCGCCACGGACGCCAGACGACCUGUUCGCCUUUACUACCAGUUCAUAUGUGACUGGCGUAGCAGCGGCGAGCACCGUAAGGCGGCCUUCGAGGACGCCGUCGGCGACGCGUGCUUCCGGCAGCGGGGCGUGACACUGGACGUCAGUACAGUCUUCGGCUCCAGUGAACAUCGUUCCGUCACCAACAUGCCUCACCUCACCGGCGAUCUCUUCUCACUCGUCGAGUGCAACGGCACUCCUCGCUCCGCUCCGUCACACCCCUGCGGCCCCUACCUCAAGCCACUCGGCCACGACGUACGCGCCACCUUCGCCAAGGAGCACGCCCACCUCUACCUCUCCUGGGUGGUGUACCUCACGGAGACUUUCUACGACUUCCUCAGGGAACUGCUCCAGGACUGCGAGCGCACCUGCGCCGACGCCACGUCAACUGCCACGCCAGGAGCUGCGCCAACGACUGCACAGCCAAGCGACGGCCACUGGCCCCGAGCUCCAAUCACACUGCCGACUGCCCCUCCAUCGUGGACUGCGACUCCACCACGCCCACACUCUUCCAGUACGGCUUCGUGCUCAAAGACGUCCACAGCCUCGCCGGAUCCACCAGCGGCCACCCAGCCAAGCGCACCUGCGGAUUUCUGCACAGCACUGCAAGUCGCCGUCAAGCAGAGGAACCCUCUCCACAAGCUGGCGCAUGAGACAAUCCCCGAGUACCUCUACACCAUCCGUGCGCCCUUCCUCUACACCAUCACAGCACUCUGGCUCAUCGCCACGCUCUACAUUGCCCACUCACUACUCUACCGCAUGGACGUCCUCCGCAUCCGCUCCCACCUCCUCACCACCAGGGCCUCCCACCUCAUCGACGUCAAGGCCUUACUCACUAAAGGCCGGAGAAUGCUCUCGCUAUACCACGGCGUCGACUACUUCGACGACGACUUUCACUCAUGA